CGCCCGGCGGAAACUUUUGUCUUGUAAUCACAGGAGUGAAGGUGUGGCCUGUAUGCUGCCUAGUCUUGCCUAGAACUGGCUGCACCUGCUGUUCUUUUGCUUAUGCCUUAACCCUUGGUUACCCUAAUUCCCUAGUCUCUUGCCUCAUUAGGUCUUUACCCUGACUAAAAAUGCACUCAUCGAGCUGGGACAAAUCCUACACUGCGUUUGUCCCAGCAGAGUACAUGGCACAUAAGUAGGCAUUCAAAAAUUCAACAUACAGUACAUUUUGUUACCUAUGUGCCAGGUGUUAGGCAGGCUAACAGCCGAACAGAAACCUACCUACCUACCCAACGUGCUAACUUCUAUACAGCAUGGUCGUGCAUCCAAAUCAAAUGGAAAGCGGUAUGGGAGAUCUGGAAAGGCUUCCCGUGGGUGGCAUCUGACUACCUAAAUUCCCAUCCCAGUUUCACUUAUUGACUUUGACACUUGGAACAAGCAACCUCCCAGUGCCUGUUUUCCCACUAGUAGGUAAAUGGGCUAAUGACAGUAUCUCCGCCACUAGACUUAAUUAAUGAAAAGCACAUAGAGGAAGAGAGCCUGGCUCUCUAAGUGGGCAGUACGAUUCCCGAGGGCGGCACUUCGCUUCAUGGUCUUCCUCUAGGCUGAGAAGCCAGGGUAAAUCCAUUUGAUUUUCCUACCACACAGUGCCUUCUCCCCUGAUGAGUUCAAAGCUUUAAGUCUAUCCAGUUCUGUCCAGACGCGUUUGUUCAUCUCCAGCAGGCCCACUGGAGAGGCGGGUUUUCCAAAGCCUGGCACGGCCCACUGCAGAUGACGCCCUCUGUCCUCCAAUGCCCUCAGGCUUCUGGCGUCCACCCUUCCUCCCCACCCGACUCCGGAACCUCUUCCAGCGCCCCGCCCGGGCGCCUGGCUGCGAGGGUAGAGGCCUUCCGCCACACGCGCGGCCCCGCCCCGGCCUCCACGUGACGUGGCGUGCGAAGCGCGCACGCGGGGACUCGCGCUGGAGGCGGGCUAGGGCCGAGGGGCAACCUGAGAUCGGUGGGUUGAGGAGGGCGGGGCCACGCCACAGGCCCGCCCCUGUCCUCAGCUGCCUCCGCGCGCCAAAGUCAAACCCCGACACCUGCCGGCGGGCCGCUGAGCUCACUAGCGGACCGGGCAGGUCGGGAUCUGCCUCGGCUGCGCCGCGAACUCCAGUGCGCGCACCUGUGGCCGCCUCCCAGCCCUCUCUGCUGGACGCGCUCUGGGCCGCCACAAGACUAAGGAAUGGCCACCCCGCCCAAGAGAAGCUGCCCGUCUCUCUCAGCCAGCUCUGAGGGGACCCGCAUCAAGAAAAUCUCCAUCGAAGGGAACAUCGCUGCAGGGAAGUCAACAUUUGUGAAUAUCCUUAAACAAGUGUGUGAAGAUUGUGAAGUGGUUCCUGAACCUGUUGCCAGAUGGUGCAAUGUUCAAAGUACUCAAGAUGAAUUUGAGGAACUUACAACGUCUCAGAAAAAUGGUGGGAAUGUUCUUCAGAUGAUGUAUGAGAAACCUGAACGAUGGUCUUUUACCUUCCAAACAUAUGCCUGUCUCAGUCGAAUAAGAGCUCAGCUUGCCUCUCUCAAUGGCAAGCUCAAAGAUGCAGAGAAACCUGUAUUACUUUUUGAACGAUCUGUGUAUAGUGACAGGUAUAUUUUUGCAUCUAAUUUGUAUGAAUCUGAAUGCAUGAAUGAAACAGAGUGGACAAUUUAUCAAGACUGGCAUGACUGGAUGAAUAACCAAUUUGGCCAAAGCCUUGAAUUGGACGGAAUCAUUUAUCUUCGAGCCACUCCAGAGAAAUGCUUACAUAGAAUAUAUUUACGGGGAAGAAAUGAAGAGCAAGGCAUUCCUCUUGAAUAUUUAGAGAAGCUUCAUUAUAAACACGAAAGCUGGCUCCUGCAUAGGACACUGAAAACCGACUUCGAUUAUCUUCAAGAGGUGCCUAUCUUAAUACUGGAUGUUAAUGAAGACUUUAAAGACAAACAUGAAAGUCUGGUUGAAAAGGUCAAAGAAUUUUUGAGUACUUUGUGAUCUUGCUGAAGACUACAGGCAGCCAAAUGGUUUCAGAUGCUUCAGCUUUGUGUAUCUUCGUAGCUUCAUAUUAAUACAAGUUUCUUUAGAAAACUCAAGUUUUUAACCAUUUUUGUUCUAAGGAAAAAAAAAGAUUUUUAAACGAAUCUUAUGUGAAACUUUUUGACCAGUUUUCUUUUCUUUUCUUCUUUUCUUUUUUUUUUUAAAAAGACAUUUAAAGACAAAGACAUUAUUUCUCAUAGCAGGAAUUGUAGAGGUAGAUGGUUCCAGAAUCAGUAUAGUGGCUAAACUACAUUAGAAAAGAUCCAGCUUCCGUCUUUCCCCUCUUUUUUCUUCCUCAGCAGGUUGGCUUUUUCCCCUGGUGCCUCUCACCUCAUUGGUGACCAGUUUCUUAACUGAACGCUUUAAAGUUACAUAGUAAAUGGUAGUGUGUCCUGUGUAAAUUAGUAUACCUAUUAAAAGUUGCAAAGUAGAAUUAAAGGAAUUCCUAGAAUAAGGAUUCUAAAGUUUUAUUUUAAAUGAUUAUCCUCUUAACAGUUUAGUCCUACCUCUUACUUCCUGCCUCAGUCUGCUUUCUCUACUGUCUGGAUUAAUUAGGCAGCCUGCUAUAAAGUUAAAGUCACACAUUUCUAUUUUGCAAACAUUGUGAUUACUCUUUGCUUUGUACUUUGCUUUGCUUUGUAGGCUUCUGCUUUAAGUUUUUCUCUUUUUCAGACAAAUUACUGAUAAAAAUGAUAUUACUGUAUAUGUAAUAUAUCCUGAAAGCAUUAUUUUUUGUUGAAUAGAAAAUAAAAUUAAUGAAGACAGAGGCUAGAAAGCAUCCAUUAGUUAAUGAGACACACUUAAUUACUUAUCUCUAAACCAUCUAUGUGAAUAUUUGUAAAAAUAAUGCAUGAAUUCAUCUUAGUUCUGUAUAUAAAUAUAUUUUCUUUCUAGUUUGUUUAGUUAAGGUAUGCAAUGUUUUUCCUGUGUAUUAAACCUUUCCAUUUUGCAUUUUAGAAAAUUUUAUGUAUUUUAAAAUAAGGGGAAGAGUAACUUUCAUUUUGAAACUAUUAUUUUUCUUUCCAAAGUGUCAUUUUUGUUUUUGGUUUCUUAUUCGAAGAUGAUAAUUUAUUGGAUUAACCAGUCCAGAUGCACUGAUCUUUGCAAAGGGGACUUAAUUUCAAAUCUGUAAUUACCAUAUAUAAACUGUCUCAUUAUACAUACACUUUUUUUUGGUUUGUUUUGGUUUGGUAUAAAUGAAUUCGUUUACUUAAUUAAAUAUUUCUUAACUAUAAACCUCAUGAACUACAGCAGAGCUACACUCAUUGAAAUGUAAUUUCAAUUCUAAAAAGAUGUAACAAUCUUUUUAGAGUUAAAAUUUAUUCUACUUUUAAAUAAAAAAUUAUGAAUAUUAAAGGUGAAAAUUAUAUAAAUUACUUUGAUUCCAUUUUAAGUGGAGACAUAGUUCAGUAAUUUUUAGUAACCUUUAAAAAUGUAUAAUGACUUUUAAAAUUUGUAGAAUUGAAAAGAUGCUAAUAAAAAUUCAUUACUUAUUUGUCAUGACUCAAAAA